AUGUCUUCAAAGGCCAAUUCAACAUCAAGCCGUCGAAGUGUACGUCAAAUCAAAAAUCCACACAAACACCGUCGGAUAGGAGGCGCUGCAAUGUCACCGGAACCGAUGGAAAGAAAAAAGACGAGGAAAAGGAAAAAUGAAACCGAUUUGCAAACCGAUGCAAACCAGACGACCAGUGGCACCAUCAAAACAUCCCUUGAAGAUUUAGGUGUGUCAGUAGGGGCGAAUACGACUCGCGAACGACUCCUCGAACUACUCGAUUCCCGCAGCAAGACAAAGAGGCCUCGUCUGUCUGGUGAUAGGCGGAGGAUCGGCUCGAAAAAGGUUGACGAAGGGAAGAAGGCUGGCUUUCUUUCAUCCACGAAUAAUCAAGUUGCGGCAUCGGGUUCAACUAUCGAUUUCUCAAUCUAUCAUACUUCGGACCUAAAGGACAUGCUUCAAAAGGUUGGUAUGGAUACCAAUGGGUUGGACAAGAAUGGACUGAUCCAAUCCUGCAAGACACAUAGUGAACUAACUGAUAUGAUGUUGCAAGCAGUCCUGUUACCAGAUUUUUUGGUGUCAAUACCCCCAUCUGCUUCUACAAUCCGACAACAACCAGACGCAGGGCCUUCUCGUACAGUUGAUCCCGGUGAGAAAUUUCCAAGUCUCGAGCGUGGUCGGUUAACUUUUCCGCGUCCCAAACCUACGAUUUUGAAUCCGAUUGUCACAUCAAAAGAUCGAAAAGGGAAGGGAAAGGCCCCACCUUUAGAGGACGAGGACUGGACUCCCGAAAAUGAGGUAUCAUCACCAAGCUCAGAAGUGGAUGACUGUGUCAGAAACAUAAGUAACACAAAGACCUACAAGAAUUUGUCUUCAAACCCUCAUGAGUCGUGUUCAAACACAUUUAAUCCAAACGACACCCACCCCGAUCCAAUUUUCGAAGGAAGCUUUGAUCGAAAUCAGGGUACUGAAGAUCCAUCGUCUUCAAACCCCCAUCAGACGCUUUCCCAAAAUCGGGAUCCUGAAGAUCCAAAUCUCGCCUCAACUGUUGCUAAACAAACCCGAACUAUAGCCCGCCUUAAUCUGAACUUGACCAAAACAAAUGCCAGGAUCGAAGCCCUCGAAAGCGAGCGUGACGAAUCUGAGGAGAGUGGAACCAGAAGUGGUGGGCGCAUAGCAGUAAGUUUAAUUGUUGGAUCACAACUAUACAUUGUCGUUAUAAAUUCUAACACACCUUGUGUCCACCAAAAAUGUGAAACAGUCUCGUGUGCGGUUCCACAUCGCAUGUACCGCGAGGAAAAUUGGGACGUUGCGCGUAAACAAAAGGCUGCAGAUGAAGUGAGACGGUCAACCAGAAUGAGACACGGACGCCCAUCACGACUGCGUAUUCGAGGCGAUGAUCGACCGCUCAGCAGAAUUGAAGCCCCGGAGGGCUUGCCAGUAGACUGUUACUCAGAUGAAUGGCUGUCAACCUUAUCAGCUGUGCAACGGGAUCAGCUGCACAUUCACACAGUACCGGUCCUUUGA